AAAAGGAACACCUUAUGGAGCACUUGGGUAUGAAAGUACACCACAGCUAUGUUGCAACUGCUUCUUCUCACCUUUCUCUUUGGGGGCUCAGCCCUGGCCAACAAGAUCUCCAUUCAUCAUCAAUGUGCCAAAGGUCCUACAUACUCGUGCAAGAACCUAAUGACAGCUAUCCAGUGUGGCACCUUGCAGCACUGCAUACUGGCAGGUUGGAACCCGACCAUCAAUGAUUCAUGCACAGACUGUGAACAGAUUGUCAACAUCCUCAUCCGCAUGGCCAAGGAGUCAUCUUUUAAGGAGAUCAUCCGGAAGUACCUGGAUCGUGAAUGUACCACUUUGCCACUGCAGACGCUAGUCCCACGUUGCCAGACACUGGUGGAUACAUACUUAGACCUCUUCAUCUCCAGCCUGGAAGGGCAGAUUAAGCCCCUUUCUGUCUGCACAAAGUUGGGCCUCUGCCAUUCCGAGCCACUGGAGAGCAAGAACACCUUUGACAUGCUGGUUCCAGUGGUGGAGCAGUUCUUUCAGCUACUACAAGGCAAAGCUCUCAUCACACCCAACAGCCAGACCGAGGAAAAUCCAGAGGAGGAGCUGCCCAUCCCCCUGCCUCUUUGUUGGUUGUGCCGAUCUUUUGUAGGCAGGGUUGAAUCCUUGAUCCCAAAGGCAGCAAUUGCCAAAGUCCUGUCACAACUCUGCCGGAUUCUGCCAUUAGCCGUUGCUGGAAUGUGCGAGUGUUUGAUGGAGAAAUAUACCAUGAUCAUUGUUGAUUUGAUCCUGGGCAAGCUGGGGCCACGGCUGAUCUGUGGGAUGAUGCUCAUGUGUGCCACAGAGGAAAACUGUGGUCCAGAGAUCAAUACAGGGCCACUCCCUUGCCAAGCCUGCCUCACUGUCACCAGCCAGGUGAAGCUAUCCAUCAAGGCAAACAGUACCCAGAUUGAAAUAGAGGCAGCCUUCCUUAGCACAUGCAGCAGCAUCUAUCCAGAAUGGCAAGAAGAGUGCAAAAGUUUUGUCCACCAGGACCAGUCGAAGUUGGCCAUCCUGCUUGCAAAACCAUGGAGCUCCAAGAGAACAUGCCAGGAACUGGGUGCCUGUGUGGCUGAGGAGGGAGAGUUUCCAGGAGACAAAGCAUGUGCCCAGGGUCCUACUUACUGGUGCUCCAACUUGAGUGCUGCUGAGGAAUGUAAGGCUGUGCAACACUGCCAGGCUCACGUAUGGCUGUAGCCAGAUAAGAAACCAGACAUCAUCGGGUGCUGUGACAAGUUCCUGCCAUCUGACCUAGUCAUUUGGAUUCUUCCUGCUUAUUGAUCACUGAUGGGAGGCAGGAUGUAAGAGGACUGUAUACUCUUGAAUAUUAAAACUCAUUUCAACACAGUA